AUGGUACAAGACUGGGAGCUGAAAGUUGAUCUGGGGAGGCAGCUGAAGUUCCCAGAAACUGUCACCAUAACAUCGCUAAGGCCAGACCUAGUGCUGAUCUCUGAAGCCUCCGAGCAGGUCAUCCUCUUGGAACUCACUGUGCCUUGGGAGGACUGCAUUGAGGAGGCCAGUGAGAGGAAGAGGGCCAAGUACACCGAGCUGGUGGAGGAAUGCCGAAGCAAUGGGUGGCGAGCAAGGUGUGAGCCCAUCGAGUCAGUGAACGCCUGCAGUCAUGGCUGCCCCGAUGGAGAAUUUGCCAUCUCUUGGACAUCUGACCGGCACAGAGAGGAACACUUUGACAAGACAAAGAGAGCACCGGAUAAAAAAGAGGUAAGACCUUUGAGUGCUGCUGUGAGCAGGGCAAUGCAUCUGCAGCAGCGCUGGCAGGAGCUAAAGGAGCGAGAGCUGACAGCCAAACAACACAACAGGCAGCUGCUGCAGCAGUUUGAGGAGGCACAGGACACUCUGAGAGAGAUGAUAACCCUCACUGCGGCCAUGAAAACUAUUCGGAUGGAAUAUGAGAGGUACCUGGAGGAGAGCUCCCCCCGCUGGAAGCAGCAACUCAAGGAGAAAACACAGACUGCUCAGAAGAAGCACUACAGCCAAAACAGACACUCAGACUACAGCACUCCUCACCUCCCCUACAUGCAGCCUCACUGGCAGAUCCACCCUCAAUCCCAGACAGCUAGGUUUCCCAUCAGAGCGCCCUAUCAACCUCAGAGCUCCUUUCAUGUCCCAUCUUUUCUCCCACCACCUCACCCAUUCCAGCCCUACCCUCUCACCUCCACACCCACUCAUCAUCACCCCAGACCCAGGCAGGAUCCACCAGGCUGGGCUUCCCACUCCGACUACCCUUGGUCCUGGACUGUUGGUGCAGCUGCUGCUGGUGGUGGUGGUGCAGCUGGUGCAGUUGGGAUUCCUUCAGGCUCCGAGGCUCUGUGGGGCCAGCUCUACACGGAGGAGCCCCCUCCUGAGAUGAGGGUGGCGCAGGUGGUGGGAGAGGAGGCAGGUGCAAGCAGGGCACCGAGCUCAAAGAGGGAGAGAAGUGGCAGCAGCAGGAGCAGUCAUCUGUCCCAGGAGCUGGACAUCAAACCAGUUCGUCUGUCAGGUGGCCAUGCAGAGAGCAGUGAGAGCAGCAGGGAGUCCAGUCAGGCGAGCAGAGAGAAGAGGAGGGAGAAGAGAGGAGGAUCACAGCAUUCCUCCUCAGACGUAGAAAGGUGCAACUCUCAGCAGUCAUCUGGGACUUCCUGUGCCAUCAUGGUUGCUGCGGUCACAGUGGCCCAAAGCUCAGAAAGUGACAGCUCAUCAGUGAAAAUAAGAACCAGUUCUAGCAGGAGGACGAGGAGAAGUGGGGGGCUUGCUGUGGGAUCACCGAGUGCUGAGAAGGUGACGAAGGAAAGGACCAAGAGCAAGGGAGAUGACUCAAGUAGUCCAUCAACUAGUGAGGAGCUGGGGAGUCCAGUGGAGCAAUCCAAGAGUAAAAAAGUGGGGGAUCAAAGUCCUGAUGACAAAUCAGAGAGCUGCGGAGAGGAGUCUGGAUCCCAGAGGGAGGAGGACUCAGGAAGUGUUAGUAUAAAGAUUGAACAUGGAGAAGAAAUGGAAAAGCAGGAGAGUAGCAGCUCUGAGCAAGGCAGUGUGGUGGAAAAGGAUGAGGAAGAAGAGGGGCAUGAGGAAGAUCUGGAAGAUGGAAAAGAUGAUGACGGUGAAGAAAAAGAGAACAGUGAGACAGAUGAAAAGCAAGAGGAGAGAGGAGUGGAAGAUGAUGAUGAGGCUUCUGAGGGAAAGAAUACAACAGAGGAAGAAGAUGAGGAGCAUGAGAAAGAUCUGGGGGACGGAUGUGAUGGUGGUGACGCUGAAGAGAAAGAGAACAGUCACACGGAUGAAGAGCAAGAGGAGAGAGGAGGAGUGGAGGAUGAUGACGAAGCUUCUGAAGGAAAGAGUACAUCAGAGGAAGACGAGGAGGCCGGAGCAGAGGAUGAGGCUGAGGAGGAGUCGUCGUCGGAGAAAGAUGAUGGUGAAGAAGAACAGUCAGACAGGUUGAAGAAUGAAGACAGUGAGAACGGAAAGAAGGGUUCAGCAUCUUCUCAGGAUGAAGAGGUGGACGAGGAUGAGAGUGAAGGAGAUGAGGACAAGAUGGAGGAAGGAGAAUCAGAUGAAGGAGAGGAAGGAGCGGGGGAGGAGAAAGAGGAGCAGAGAGAUGGAGCAGAACCAGAGGAUGAAGAAGAUUCAGACGACAGUAUCAUCUUACCACAGAACAAAUCUAAAAAGAUGCACAUCAUCCAAGAGGAGGCACGUGAAGAUGAUGAAGAGGAUGAGGAGGGGAGUAAAACAGCCUCCUCCUCCGAUGACUCAAACGAGGGCAGUGAUGAGGAUGAUGUCGAGCAUCUCCUCGCACCUCAAGAACAAUCACAGAGGAAAGAAGAAAAGGACCUGAAAGCCAACGAGGAAUCCAAAGCCGUCUGUGACAACGUGAUGGCUUUUCAAGUGAAGCCGGACAAAUCAAAGUCUGACCACCAAAGUGACUCUGAUGAGUUUGACGACUUCUAUGGCUAAAUGUGUUUGUCUUAACUGCUGAAACCGAAAGGACAAAACACUAUCUCAGAAUUUAGAGUAUAAAAAACUACUUAUGUUAAGUCAAUGCUAGAUUUGAUUGUUUUAUUUGAUUAGAGAUAUCUGUCAAAAAAAAAAAAAAAACUCUUGCCUAGAAUAACUCCACUGCAUUAAACUACAUUAUAUACAUAUCAAACAGUUGUUU